AUGGGCAUGUCUGCGGAGGAGGAGCGCGCCCUCAGCCCCAGAGAUGAGGAGUGGCCGGAAGCGGAGAAGGCUGAGAAGCUGGCAAGAGGAGCCGCCCUGAAAUGGGCUUCAGGGGUGUUUUACCGCCCUGAGAAACUGGAGGGGCUCGGGCAGUACCGGAGCCGAGAGACGCAGAGGAACAACUCCAUCCAGUCCCGGCUGAAGUCAACUGUCCAGUCCUACCUGGAGGGGGUAAGUGCAGGGCUGGAGCAGCUGCGGUCGGCGGCCCAGGAGGUGCAGAAUGUGUGUCAGGACCUGGGGGCUGCGCGCUGGGCCCUGUUCGACAGUGCAGACCGCUUCCAGGGCCUCCAGCAGAUGCGGGCGCUGAUGGCGGAGCACGUGCAGCUGGCCUCAGUGGUCCAGGUGCUGCCCCAGCUCUUCUCGGUCCACGAGGUUUUUUCCCAUACUCUGCAGCUGCUCCACGGGCAGCACCUCCUGGAGGCCCAUGCAGAGCUCAUGAUGAUGGAGCACCUCCGGGAUGACAUCCUCUCCCAGCUGCACCUCCGCGGGCUCUCCAGUGCCCAGACAACUGUGCUGUCCUACUUUGGCGGCCUGCAGGAGCUCAACGAGAGCCUGGCCAAGCAGCUGUGGGACAUUGUGGGCAGCAGCCUGCGGCUGGUGCGCGAGGACCCAGUUCUCUUUGUCACCGCUGUAAGGAUCAUCGAGCGGGAGGAAAAAAUAGAUGAUACUCUGCUCUUGGAAGCUGCCUACCUGCCCCCUGGCCGUCCAAAAGGCUGGAAGCAGAAAUUUUACCAGGUUCUCCGGGAGACAAUCACAGGAGCCCAUUUUCAUGCCACCCGCACGGACGCUGAAGGGCCAGGGCUGGCCAGGCACCUGGCAGCGCUGCAGAAGGACAUCGUGUCUGAGCUGCGUGUGGUGAAGGACCUCAUGGUCCAGUGCGUCCCGGCUCACUACAACAUCCUCAGCGUCUGCACUGCCACAUACCACCAGGCUCUCACCAGCCACUUCCAGGAUAUCCUCCGAGAGGACCUGGACAAACAGGCGCUCUUUCUCCUCCUUGAGUGGGCACUUCGUGUGUACCACAGUCCAGAGAUGAUGGGUCACCCUGACCUUCUCCCAGAAGUAGACGUUUCUGCUCUGGGCCCCUUGAUGUCCCCUGAGCUUGUGGAUCAGACAGAGAGAAAAUACGUGGUGAAAGUCAAGGCUAGUGUGCUUGAGUGGAUGCAGAGGACUCUGGAGGUGGAGUUCAAGGAGUGGUUCAGGGAAGAGGAACCUGAGACAGACCAUCAGGGCUUCUUCCAGUCAGCCCUGCCUGUCAUUGUCAUGCAGAUGCUGAAUGAGAACAUCCAGGUAGCCUCCUUGAUCACGGACUCUCUGCAACAGAAGGUCUACAACAUGGCCUUGGAGGAGCUCGAGGCGUUUCUGGGUCGUCUGCGGGAAGCCCUAGUGCAAUGCGGGAAGGAGCACCAGAAGGACCGUACCGUACCCAAGUACUACGUCUCCUACCUGCUGGCCAUGCUCAACAACAACCUGGCUCUCAGCUCCUCUGUCUCCUCCCUGCACCCUGACGCUGCCCGCAGAGAAGUCCCCGCAUCCCUCCGGGCUGCUCUAGACAGGACGCAGAAGAAAGCCUGCCAGCUGCUGCUGGAGGAGCUGCUCCUGGACCUGCAGCCCCUCUGCCUGCAGCUGCCGUCCCGCAAGUGGCUCUCCGGGUCCCAGCUCGUCAGCAGCAUGUGUGAAGUGAUUGACAAGUAUGCAAAGGACUUUUCCCGCGUCAGGAAACCCAUCUUCACGCUCCUGCUGACGGAGAGCGAGCUCCUCGUGGCCAGCCAGUACCUGCGGGCCCUCAUGCAGAAGAAAAUGGUGUGCAAGAGCGAGGAGGAGCGGAGCCAGCUCUGCGACCGCCUGCUGCAGGAUGCCACACAGCUCCGGGAGCUCUUCUGUAGCUUGGGUCUGGAUGGGAGCCAGCAGAGCCUGGAGGCCGUGUUUGCCCUGCGGGAGCUGAUCAGCCUCAAAGACCCAGCACUACUCAGCCUGGAGGUGCUGGGCUUCAUCACCAAGUACCCCGACGUCAGCGAUGAGCACGUCUCCACCUUGCUGGAUCUGCGGGGUGACGUCUCCAAGGAGGUGCGGCACAUGGUGCUGGAAAUGAUGGCACAGCACCCCCAGGUCCUGCCUGAGAACUACCGGCCCAUCUUCAGCACCAUCCUGGUCCCCGCGCCGGAGCUGCCCUUCUGCCUUCGCAAGGGCAAGUGUGCCUGACGCUGAGCCCCAUGGCCUGCUCCCCGCU